CAUGUGAUCAGCAAGGUGUACUUUAACCUCGCUGGUCUAUAUAAAGAUGAAGGAUGCAGCAGUGGGACUCAGACCUGAUUCACAAUCAAAGCUUAGACAGAAACUAUUACUGUCGCUGUCAUCAAAGCAAGUUCUUUUAGAAUGAUGAAGACCCUGUUGGUGACUCUGCUUCUUGCUGGGUUGGUGAUGAGUGGUUCUGCCCUGAAAUGUAACAACUGUAGAUCAACGGGCUCAAUUGGCACCACUUGCAGACCUGAAACCUGCGACUACAAGAAAAAUGCUUGCGUCUCUGCCUUUUUCACUGUCCCCCCCUAUAACCGCUUUAAGAGGUGCAUUGCUAUGUCUGACUGUGAAAUCCUGAAGAUCACUCCCAACAUCCAGGCCCAUUGCUGCCAGACAGACCUUUGCAAUUAAGUUACAAAAACUCAAUUACACUCGCUAACCUUAAAAUGUAAAUUAAGCAAAAUUAAAGAUGUCAAAAAUAUGAUUUGUUGAUAAUUCAAA